AGUGUCUCCGCUCCGUCUUUCGGUCUGUCUGUGUCGAUGAUCCGAGCUUGCGCACUGAGCGCGUCCAUUGUCUGUCCAGGAGCAGCAGCGGAGAGGAGCUGAGAGGAGCGCCCGAUCUGAGCGCAGGGGGAGCGGCUUCACUGUGACCCCGAUCUCCGGGGAAGCGGUGGGGGGUGGGGGGGAUAUGAGGCGGAGGAUAGUGUCGUCUGGUUGGAGCUUAUCGGACCGGACCAGCGUUUGGUGACGACGUCAUUUAUUCCUAAGACAGACCGUCUUUUCUUUUUGUUUUUUUUCCUCCAGACAGACAGCAACAGUUGUCACGAUGUCUGAGAUCAGAUGAGUGGAGAGACUGCGGCGCUCCUGUGAACCGGGCCGGCCGGGGUGAUUCAGCAGCUGGGGCAGCGCCGGGGAGCGGCGCGCAUCUGUUUAACCUUGCAGGGGUUUGGUUGCGCUCAGCAGCCCCCCACCUACACCACCACCACCCCUCCGGUUUGGGUUUCUAAUCAUUCAGUUGUCAUCAUUUGCCUGCGGGUUGAGGUGAAUCCAGACGUGAGGGCUGGCGCAUGUGCCGCUCAGCAGGGAAACGCGCUGUUGCGUCUGCAGAGAGUCAGAGCUGAGACGCACGGACAGACAGACAGACAGACAGGAGCGAGGGGAGGGACGGGGGGGGGCACAGCCUGUUUGGGUUCUCUCGAUCCAACCAAAACCCCCACCCUCUUCUCUCCCGCUUUGGAUGGGGGGAAAGCAGAGCACGGCAGGGCGGCCCCGGGGUGCUUUUCCCGGCGUCUCUUCGGAUGACAGCGCGGUGCCUCCAUCGGCCCACUUCGGUCACUACCGGCCGAGCGGCACCAUGGGACUGCGCAGCCGCUCGGUGAGCUCCGUGGCCGGGAUGGGCAUCGAGCACAGUCCCGCCGUGCCCUUCGGCUUCUACACCCCCAGAGGGACGGACUCGGAGCGCGCCGGUGGGGGGUCAGGGGGCACUACGGCGGCCCCGCAUGGCACCGGCUACCAGGACACUGGGGGCGGAGGGCAUCACACGGACGGGGUGCUCUAUUUGGGGUCCCGGGGGUCGCUGGCUGACACCUUACCCCUGCACAUCGCACCCCGCUGGUUCAGCGCUCACAGCGGUAAGAUCUGCUGCACAGACACCCAAAGCUGGAUUCAUUCCAACAGUGGCUACAGAAAGUUUUUUAAGGGGCGCAGAGUAAAGGGGGCACAAAAUCACUGGGUGGCGCACAGCUGAAUGCCAGAAUAUGAUACAGUUUAAAAGUAAAAUGUGAAGAAAAACUGUCUGUAGAUAUGAUAGGAAUGGAAAGCAGGAAACAGCUCUAUACAGU